AUGUUCCAUCAUUUCUUUCUUUCUUUUCUUUAUUCCUUUUCUUUCUCUUUUUCUUAUAGUUUUCAUUUUCUUUCUUUCAUUUUUCAUUUUCUAUCUUUCUUUUUUCAUAAUUUCGUUUUAUUUAUUUCUUUUUUCACUUUUCAUUUUCUUUCUUUCUUUCUUUCUUUCUUUCUUUCUUUUUUAUAUUUACCCCUUAUUUAUUUAUUUCUCAUUUUUCAUUUUCUUUCUUUCUUUCUUUCUUUCUUUCUUUCUUUCUUUCUUUCUUUCUUUCUUUCUUACCCAAUCACCAUUCUUCUUCCUGUCAUUUUUCACUCUCCUCCUCAUUAUCAUUCAACUACGUAUUUACUCCAACUUCUUUCCCCCAACCAAUUCAUUUUGUUCAUCUUUCAACCAGCAACUCUAUUGACUUUCUCUCCAAAAUUCUCUAUUCAUUUCAUUAACUCUCCCAUUUAUUUAUCUUCUCUCCCUCACUCGUCCAUUUGCCGAUCAAUCCAUGUCUCUCUUUUCCUACUUUCCAUUUGUCUUUUUACUUUUUCUUCUUCUUCUUCUUCUUCUUCUUCUUGCUCAUCCCCCCCCAGAAUUCUCUUCAUCUGUUUAUCUUCCAAUUUGUUUGUCUGCUCACCAAACUUCCUUCACUGA